AUUCAAAGGCAUGAUGGCUAUCAGAUCAGAGACCUACAAAUCAUUAGAAGUGGAUGCAUCUGAAAAUUGGGCAUCAGGGACUCCCCGGGCUCUGCUCAACGUGUCUUCCAUCUGGGAGAAAUCCAUUUUGAAGAAUGAGAAAUUGUUGCUGUCAAUGAGAAAGAAGGAUCCCGUUACAAUCUUUCAUGGUUCGGAAGCACCUAACUUGAGCGUUACACACUACAUGGAACGCAUUUACAAGUACUCUCGCUGCAGCCCUUGUUGUUUCGUCAUUGCACAAAUAUACAUGGACAGGUAUUUUCACAAAAUGGGUGGCUAUCUCACUUCCUUCAAUGCUCACCGCCUCGUCCUCACAAGCGUUGUGGUAGCUGCAAAAUUUGCUGAUGAUGUGCACUACAGCAAUGCCUAUUAUGCUCAAGUGGGAGGAGUUAGCACAGCAGAGAUGAACAGCAUGGAGUUAGAGUUUUUGUUUAAUCUUGAGUUUAGACUCUUCGUGACAACAGAGGUGUUCGUUAAAUAUUGUGAGAAGCUUGAUAGGGCAAUUGUUGGAGAAUAUCGACUUCGCCGCACCAUUAGUCGUUAUGCAAAGUGAAAAAUGGCCCAACAUAGAUGAGUCAACGGCUAAAUUCACCUAUGAACUGCA